GCCCCUGUUCGCAUGCAUCAACAGUCACAAGAAAAUAACAAUAAUUUUGACUCACUUCACACAUCCAACGGCCCAUAUCAAACAACCACCACGUGUCACCAUCUCCACCGUCGAUCUUACCCUAAUAUCCAAACCUCACCUGUCAUGUUACUUUUCAAAACUCCAAGUAAAAAUUCCCUCUCUUCCUUCUGCAACUGAAUAACUGCUUCGAUCUGAGCUCGUUAAUGGCGUUAUUCCCUCAGAUCUGAAGCCACUACAUGUGAUAUUGUUAUCGGAUUGUGUUCGGUGUUGUUUGAUUGCUGUUAGUGCCGUGAAAUGUCGUUUUCCGGUGAGGUUUUUUAGGUUUUUGUUACCGGUGGUGAAGUAUAGUGGACUUGUUGCUGGAAGAGACGGUGGAGAGUGUGAUACGGUGUUGAUUGAUUGUAAAGUAUCGGUUUCCGGUGAGGCAUUUAGAGUUUAGGUUUUUUUUUUUUUUUUUUUUUUUUUUUUUUUUUUUUUUUUGUAACGGCGGUGAUAUACGGUGUUCUAGUUGCCGGAGGAGGUGGUGGAGAGUGUGAUAUAGCUAACGGAUUUGUCUCCGGUGUUGAUUGACCAUAAAAUAUCGUUUUCCGGUGAGGAUUUUUUUAGGUUUUUUUUUUUGUCACGGUGGUGAAAUACGGUGUUCUAGUUGCCGGAGGAGGUGGCGGAGAGUGUGAUAUAGCUAACUGAUUGUCUCCGGUGUUGAUUGACUGUAAAAUUUCGGUUUCCGCAUUUUAGGUUUUCUCACGGCGGUGAAGUACGGUGUACUUGUUGCCGGAGGAGGUGUUGAAGCAAUAGAUUUGUCUCCGGUGUUGAUUGACUGCAAAAUCUUGUUUUCCGGCUAGUCAUUUUUAGUUUUUUUUUCACGGUGGUGAAAUACCGUGUAUUCUUAGCCGGAGGAGGUGAUAUAGCCACCGGAUCUGUCUCCAGCGUUGACUGAUUGUAAAAUCUCGUUUCCGGUGAGGCAUUUUAGUUUUAUUUUGUCACGGGGGUGAAGUAUGGUGUACUCGUUGCCGGAGGAGGUGUUAGAGCAUGUUUUCUCGUUCAUAACUUCUGACAAGGACCGCAAUGCGGUUUCACUGGUGUGUAAGUCAUGGUACGAGAUAGAGCGGUGGUGCCGGAGGAAGGUUUUCGUCGGAAACUGUUACGCGGUGAGUCCUGGAAUCAUGAUCAGGAGGUUUCCGGAGCUUAGGGCGGUGGAGUUGAAAGGAAAACCGCAUUUUGCGGAUUUUAAUUUGGUACCGGAUGGUUGGGGAGGAUAUGCUUGUUCUUGGAUUGAUGAAAUGUCUAGGGCUUACCCAUGGCUAGAGGAGAUUAGGCUUAAGCGGAUGGUGGUUACUGAUGAGAGUUUGGAGUUGAUCUCUACUGCUUUUAAGAACUUUAAGGUUUUGGUUUUAUCUUCUUGUGAGGGUUUCAGUACCGAUGGACUUUCUGCUAUUGCUUCUAAUUGCAGAAACUUGAAAGAAUUGGAUUUGAGGGAAAGUGAAGUGAUGGAUUUAAGUGGCCGUUGGCUAAGCCACUUUCCCGACACUUUUACCUCACUCGAAUCACUCAACAUAUCCUGCUUGGGUUCCGAGGUCAGCUUCUCAGCUCUCGAACGAUUAGUUGCAAGGUCACCCAACUUAAAGACGCUUCGACUCAAUCGUGCGGUACCACUUGGAAAGCUUUCUACCUUACUACACCAGGCGCCACAGCUGGUUGAGUUGGGUACCGGUGCCUACUCAUCAGGAAUUCGGUCUGAUGUAUAUACAGGUCUUUCUAAGGCUUUCUUGGGCUGCAAGGAGCUUAAGGGACUGUCAGGGUUUUGGGAUGCUGACCCAUCGUAUCUUCCAGCUCUAUAUUCAGUUUGUUCUAGGCUGACUACAUUGAACCUCAGUUAUUCCACUAUUAGAAGCCCUGAUAUCACUAAGGUCAUCGGUCAAUGCCCUAAUUUGCAGCGUUUAUGGGUACUAGAUCACAUUGAAGACAGUGGGCUCAACGCCCUAGCUUUAUCCUGUAAAAACUUACAAGAACUAAGGGUAUUUCCGUCCGACCUGUAUGCUGCUGAUGCGAAUAUCACCUUAACAGAACAAGGCCUUGUUUCCGUUUCACAAGGGUGCCCAAAACUCCAAUCUGUUCUUUACUUCUGUCAUCAGAUGUCAAAUUCCGCAUUAAUCACCAUCGCUAAAAACCGCCCUAACCUAACCUGUUUCCGUCUUUGCAUAAUCGAACCACGAACUCCCGAUUACUUGACCCAUGAACCGCUCGAUAUCGGUUUCGGAGCCAUAGUAAAACACUGCAAAAAUCUUAACCGCCUUUCGUUAUCCGGUCUACUCACGGACCGUGUGUUUGAAUACAUCGGGACCCACGCGAAGAAACUAGAAAUGCUUUCUAUAGCUUUUGCAGGAGACAGUGAUUUAGGUCUACAUCAUGUUCUAUCCGGGUGUGAAAGUUUGAAAAAGUUGGAGAUUAGAGACUGUCCGUUUGGUGAUACUGCUUUGUUGGCUAACGUCGCCAAGCUGGCGACAAUGCGAUCCCUUUGGAUGUCAUCAUGUGCAGUUAGUAUUGGGGCGUGUAAGAUCUUAAGUCAGAAGAUGCCUAUGCUUAAUGUUGAAGUUAUUGAUGAAAAUGGAAGUUUAGAUUCAAGGUUGGACAGCUGUCUUGUUGAGAAGCUUUAUGUAUAUCGUACUGUUGCAGGCCCGAGGUCUGAUAUGCCGGGCUAUAUUUGGACUAUGGAUCGAGAUUCUGCCAAUAGAAUUUGAGAGGUGAUGAUUAGCUGUGGUGCAGUCUAGAGAACCAAAAGAUGCAUGUCCCAAGUUGUUUGAGGCACAUUUUUCAUAGUGGUCACAUUUUCCUUGUACUUUUUAAUGUAUGCUUUUCUUGAUCCAAGUAUAUCACUUAUCACAUGUCUGUACUUUUAACAUUGUUUGCCUGUUGUAUCCUGAUAAACCCAACUUUGUUUGAGAUUCAAACUUCCAUAAAUUUAUUCCUUCCAUUAUCAAA